AUGACUGACGGCACCGGGUCGGGCAGCAGUAGUCGGCCAAGUCAGUUUGGUGGCAAUGUGCCUCGACGUUUGUCGUAUGCUUCUGUGGCCUCAGGCGCAACUGCUCAGGCGCUUCAGCGUCCAACUCGAUCGGGUGCAUUCUCUCAUCUCGUCUCUUCAACUCCUAGCAGCUCGUACCCUCCUCAGUAUCAACCAGACCAUCAAUAUCAAAGACGACAUUCGGAGCAAGACCAGGACGGCCUGGGAGUCAACCACUGGCGAAAGCCAACACCUCUACCUUCAUAUUCGAGAAAGUUUGCCAAUAUCCCGAGUCUCGGAACGAACACGAUGUCUCCCAAUCCUUUCUUCAUCCCCUCCUACCUGAGGCAUUCUCGUUACAUGGCAAAGCUGGAAGUCGCCCACAAGGCCAAGUUGAAGAAAGAGCGUGAGCAGCCAUCCGCAGGGUCGUCCGCGCUGAAUUCGUUCUCUACAAGCGCCGGAAAUGCAAGGUUAGCGCCAUCGCACCGGGGCAUGACCUACGAUAUUAUCGAAAGCCAUCCUCCCAGAGAAGAAGACGCAUUACCUCCGUUGCCUUCGAGGUGGAGCGAGCAGGACAAAUACCCAGGCCUUGAUAUAAUCGACGGUCAAGAUCUGAAAUACAGUGGCUCAGCAAGCAAAGCCGAGAUUGAGGCUGCGUCUGUCAGAACAGAUCACCCAAUGCCACUUGCGUGCGGAAUAUACUAUUUCGAGGUGGAAAUCAAACAGAAGAGCAAGGACACAGCUAUUGCCAUCGGGUUUUCCACAAGUGAAGCGUCACUUGAACGGUUACCAGGGUGGGAGACACAAUCCUGGGGCUAUCAUGGUGAUGAUGGAAAAAUGUUUUUUGGGGAGCAUUCGGGUCGAAGUUACGGCCCAACCUUCGGCACAGGCGAUGUCAUCGGCUGCGGGAUCAACUUCAACACCUGUCAAGCAUUCUUCACAAAGAACGGCCAGUAUCUCGGUAUCUGUUUCCGAGAACUGAAGAAGGACGUGAAACUGUAUCCCACGAUUGGCAUGAAAAAGCAUUCCGGCGCAUUAGUGGCAGGCAACUUCGGUCAGCGGCCUUUUGUCUUCGACAUUGAUGAUAAGAUGUUGUCCGAGGAGACGAAUGUUUCAAGAGAAAUUGCAAAGGCCAAAAUCACCUCACUACAGGCGCAAAGGGACGAGAAUACCCUCAUUCAGGAGUUGGUGGCGCAUUUCUUAGCUCACGACGGCUACGUUGAGACUGCAAAGGCGUUUGCGGAGGAAAUGCGAAGAGAAAAGCAAUCAUUGAACAAUUCUCUGCCUGCAAACACGUCAACCCCCCAUGAGCGAGACGACACUGACGCAGUACAUCGACAGCGGAUACGACGUGCAAUCCUCUCUGGAGAUAUCGACCAAGCUCUUGAAAUCACGCACGCACAAUUUCCUACUGUUCUGGCAGAAAACCCGGACAUCGUUUUCCGAUUGAAAUGCCGAAAAUGGAUUGAACUAAUUGGCAAGUCGACCGAAGUCGAGCCUUCCAAACACACGACUGGGCAUGAACGGAGGGCCAGUAAUGGAGUGGACAGCGCCUCCAAAGUAGACGACGAUUUUGCUCAAGACAUGGAGCUUGAUGAGCAGCCUAACGGUGACAGUCGCACCAAUGGCGUGGGGAAAUCGCGGGCUAAUGACGGCGUUUUGCAACACGACCAGCUCCUCAAUGAGGCGAUGCUGUACGGUCAAGUCCUGCAUAAAGAAUUCCGGGACGAGGAUGAGGACUACGCAAAAGCUUUGCGGGAUAUUUUCAGCCUGGUGGCAUACGACGACCCCAGAGGUAGCGUGAAUGGACAUCUUUUGGACCCUGCCGGCAGAGUCACGGUGGCAGAGGAGCUGAACUCUGCCAUCCUAGUCUCACUUGGACGCUCGCCUUCGGCUGCCUUGGAGACGGCUUGGAAGCAGACAGAAGCUUUAAUCGAUGUCCUCAGCGAAGAUGGCGGGCCUGCUGCUUUUGUUAACCUCCAAGCAACGUUCUCGUCUUGA